UGUCGCGCUUACAUUUGUGUUGUGAUCGUAUUGUUGCUCACCCCUGGAUCGCGGCUGGAGACAGCCGCCGAUACCAGUCAGGCGGCCGACGCAACGAGAGAGGCGAAAACUAGAUAGGCAAGGCGAAAUCAGGAGAAUUAGAAGUAGGAGAAUUAGAAUCUAGGAAUUGCUCUCUCUCUUCCGAUCUGGCUUUGGUGGCGAACGGUUGUGUGUCAGCGCGGCACGGAUGUUAUCAUUUUACUUAUAAUAUAAGUUGUAAAUUGUAGUUUGUGUUCGCGUCAUUAUCAUCAACGCUUCAUCGGUCAUCCGAACACAAAAGUGGCGACGAGUCUAACGUUUUUCUGUUUUUAUUGUUUUAUUUUACCCACGCGACGAAAAUUCCGCGACCACAACGCAAACGACGGAGGAUGAGCACCAUUGAGGCAAACGGUGCAGGCGUGCAUCCCGAUGAAGAUCAACGGCGCUCGUCAUUUGGACGGCCCAGUGCAUUGGACCCGGUGCAACAACCCGGCGGACCUGUUAUUGGCGGUGUUACGCAGCACCAUGCCGGUACUUAUCCUGAGCAAGCUGUAAAUUUCGGCCGUGAUGACCGGCCUGCGCCAUCGCAUUCGGGUGUCCCUCCGCCAUCGCACUUUGCUGCUCAACAUGGGUCAUCGCAACCAUUGCCAACGGGGUCGAUGAUCUCAGGCUCCAGCACAGGCGCCAACACGAUGGCGGAAACGUUGCAGCUACUACAACAACAGAUGGCACAGCAACAGCAGUUGCUGAAUCAAAUCAUGUGCCAGCGAAUGUAUACGCUGAAUCCUGCCGUCCCCAGCUUCCAGCCGGAGCAAGUGAUCGAAGCGCUCUCCCGCAACAUUAGUGAAUUUCGUUUCGAUGGUGAGAGCGGCAUCACUUUCAGAGCGUGGUUCUCGCGCUACGACGAGUUGUUCAAAAAGGAUGCGGCUCGUAUCGACGAUGCAGCGAAGGUUCGUCUACUGCUACGCAAGCUCGGCCCCAUUGAGCAUGACAGGUAUUUAUCGUUCAUUCUACCUGCGCGCGCUAGUGAUUUCCAUUUCGAUGAAACGAUAGCACAGCUCGAAACUUUAUUUGAUACACGCGAAUCACUACUUAGUAAACGUUUUAAGUGUCUCCAAUUACACAAAAAAAGUAGCGAAGAUCAUCUCACAUUUGCGUGCCGGCUCAACAAAGCGUGUGUUGAUUUUGAGCUAAGUAAAAUGGGAGAAGAGCAGUUAAAGUGUUUGCUUUUCGUGUGCGGACUCAAGGACGAGUCAGAUAAGGACAUGAGGACUAGGAUGCUCGCGCGUAUAGAGGAUAAGCCUGAUGUUACGUUACAACAAUUAUCAGCUGAGUGUCAUAGAAUAGUUAAUUUAAAGCGGGACAGCGCCAUGAUAGAGUCGAAUGCGCAGGAAAAUGUAUUUGCCGUACAGUCGCGGGAACAGCGGUUCCAACGUUCGCCACCAACACAAUUACGAAAGCCAAGGUAUAAUUGCUUUAAGUGCGGUGAUUUACACUGGGUUAGUGAAUGCCCGUUUUACAACAACAAAUGCAACGAUUGCAACCGUUUCGGUCAUAAGGAAGGUUAUUGCCAGUCAAGCCAAAAUCAUAACCAAAGUUAUAAGCCAAAGUGGAAGCCAGGAUUUAAAAAUCGGAAUGUAGCUAAUACCAAAGUCGUGAAAGUCAAUGUGUUCAAUGUUAAUAAUCAUCGUCGGUUUGUUGAUAUAACGCUUAACGCUAUGCCUGUCCGUUUGCAAUUGGAUACGGCAUCUGACAUCAGUAUUGUGAAUAGACAGACAUGGGAGCGAAUAGGGAGACCUCGGUUAGAUCCAGCAUCAGUGAUUGCAAAGAAUGCCUCAGGAGAAGAGCUUGCCAUUGAUGGAGAAUUUUAUGCCAAAGUGUGUGUAGGAGAACAAACAUCGCAAAAUUUAAUAAGAGUAACUGGAGUGAAUUUAAUGCUUCUGGGAGCAGAUUUGGUGGAUGCUUUAAAACUAGGUGCAACACCAAUGGAUCAAUUUUGCACUCAGGUGAUGACGUGUACUAGUCAACUUCAGCAGCGGUUUAACACAGUUUUUAACGGAAAAGGAUUUUGUUCGAAGGCCAAUAUACAGUUAAUAUUAAAAGAUAAUUGUCGACCUGUAUUUCGUCCACCAAGACCAGUAGCGUAUGCAAUGCAGGAGGCAGUAAAAAGUGAAUUAGACCGGUUAGAGCAACUUGGAAUCAUUACUCCGGUGAAUUUUUCCGAAUGGGCUGCACCAGUAGUCGUAGUUCGGAAAUCGAAUGGUGCAAUUCGAAUCUGCGGGGAUUAUUCAACGGGGUUGAAUGAUGCUCUUCAACCCUAUGACUACCCGCUACCUCUCCCGGAGGAUAUUUUUGCGCGUCUGGCAAACAGUAUUGUCUUUAGUAAAAUAGAUCUUUCCGACGCAUUCUUACAAGUCGAGAUAGAUCCGCGCUAUCGUAAUUUGCUUACAAUUAACACACACAAAGGUCUAUACAAUUACAAUCGCCUUCCACCUGGCGUUAAGAUAGCCCCUGCUGCAUUUCAACAAAUCAUAGACGCAAUGUUAACUGGAUUAAACGGUGUUUCAGGCUAUUUAGACGACAUAAUUAUUGGAGGUAAAACUCAGCAGGAGCAUGAUGAAAUAUUGGUUAAUGUACUUAAGCGAAUCGAAGAGUUUGGUUUUACCAUAAGAGCGGAUAAAUGUGCUUUCAACGUCAAAGAGAUAAAGUACCUGGGCCAUAUUAUCGACAAGAGAGGUCUACGCCCUAACCCGGACAAAAUCGAAGCGAUCAUGAAAAUGCCAGAGCCAACAGAUGUAUCGAGCGUACGAUCUUUCCUGGGUGCCAUAAAUUAUUAUGGCAAGUUUGUUCCUAACAUGCGAAAUUUGCGCUAUCCGCUUGAUAAUCUCUUGAAAAAUAACCAUAAGUUUGAGUGGACUGCAGAAUGUAAGGCAGCAUUUGAUUCUUUUAAGAAAGUAUUGUCAUCAAAUCUUUUACUCACACACUAUGAUCCGAGGCAACAAAUAAUUGUAUCAGCAGAUGCUUCCUCAAUCGGGCUCGGAGCUACUAUUUGUCAGAAAUACCCAGAUGGGUCAAUAAGAGUCGUACAACACGCAUCGCGAGCUUUAACCAAAACAGAGCAGGCAUAUAGUCAGAUUGAUAGAGAGGGUUUAGCAAUAAUUUUUGCUGUUGUUAAAUUUCAUAAAAUGAUUUACGGCAGACAUUUUUACCUCCAAACCGACCAUCGCCCGUUAUUGAGAAUAUUCGGCUCAAAGAAAGGCAUUCCUACAUAUACAGCCAAUCGUUUGCAGCGUUUUGCAUUAACCCUGCUCGCCUAUGAUUUUGAGAUUCAAUAUGUACGCACGGAAGAUUUUGGAAACGCAGAUAUUUUAUCAAGAUUGAUCAGCAGACAUGAGAAGCCUGAAUCUGAAUGCAUGAUAGCCAGCGUGGAUGUAGAAGAAGAUUUAGCGUAUGUAGCAAUUAACUCGCUGUCAGCAUUUCCGCUCACUCAUGAAGAGGUUGCCAAUGCUACGUUUAAUGAUACGCUCUUAAGAAAGGUAUAUGGAUUUGUGAAACAUGGUUGGCCUCGCGACAUGCAGUAUGGAAAAGAUCUAUCAUGUUUUUAUAGUCGGAAAGAUGCACUAACGAUAAUACAAGGAAGCAUAAUUUUUGGAGAGAGGGUAGUGAUCCCAGCAAUAUUACAAAAUCGAUGUCUUGAUCAGCUCCAUAAAGGUCACCCAGGGAUAGUCCGGAUGAAAGCAAUCGCUCGUAGCUAUGUGUAUUGGCCGUCAAUGGAUGUAGAUAUAGUUGAUUUGGUCAACAGUUGCCAGGCAUGUCAGUCUGCAGCAAAAGCACCACCGAAGGAGAAAAUAGCAACUUGGCCAGAAACACUAGCACCCUGGGAGAGAAUUCAUAUAGAUUACGCAGGGCCAGUCGACGGGUUUUAUUUCUUGGUAGUAGUCGACUCGUUUUCCAAAUGGCCAGAAAUAAUUAAAACUUCAAGCACUACAGCGGCUGCAACUGUGAGAAUGCUACAUGGAUUGGUAUCACGUUUUGGAUCACCUGUUACGUUGGUCAGCGAUAAUGGACCACAAUUCACAGGCAGUGUGUUUAAAGAGUUUUGUGAUCGGCAUGGAAUAAAUCAUAUGACUACAGCCCCAUUUCAUCCACAAUCUAACGGGCAAGCCGAAAGAUUUGUGGACACAUUGAAGCGAGCGUUACGAAAAAUUCGAAACAGUGAUUUAUCAUUAGAUGAGGCUUUGGAGACAUUUUUGCAAGUAUAUCGGGCUACACCGCACCCAUUAUUAGAACGGCAUAAAACACCUGCUGAAAUCAUGUUUGGUCGUCCCAUACGUACCGAGUUAAAUCUGCUUAGACCUACAAAAACUACUCAAUUGCAAUUAGCUUCCGUAUCACGCACAUUCCAAAUUGGUGAACCAGUAUUUAUGAAAUAUUUCACGCACAAUGCAUACAAAUGGAUAUCAGGCAAAGUUGAAAAACGGCUAGGGAAUGUUAUGUAUGAAAUUAAAACAGCAGAUAGCAAAAUCCAUAGGCGUCAUAUCAAUCAGCUUCGCAAGCGUAAUGUAUACUCAGAACAUGAGCACCAUCCCGAUGGAUUGCCGCUAGACGUUUUGCUAAGUGAGUGGAAUUUAAAAGGCACACAUCAUACGAUAGAGCACGCAGCAUUGCCUAUACCACUAACUAACACCGACAUAGAUAUCCUUCCCAAUCAACGUCCUCGAAUUAGUCGCACGCUGGAACGACCUCCUCGUCGAUCUUCUCGUAUUAGAAGACCGCCACGUAGGUUCGAAUCGUACCAGCGAAUUUAAAGGAAGGAGAUGUUGUGAUCGUAUUGUUGCUCACCCCUGGAUCGCGGCUGGAGACAGCCGCCGAUACCAGUCAGGCGGCCGACGCAACGAGAGAGGCGAAAACUAGAUAGGCAAGGCGAAAUCAGGAGAAUUAGAAGUAGGAGAAUUAGAAUCUAGGAAUUGCUCUCUCUCUUCCGAUCUGGCUUUGGUGGCGAACGGUUGUGUGUCAGCGCGGCACGGAUGUUAUCAUUUUACUUAUAAUAUAAGUUGUAAAUUGUAGUUUGUGUUCGCGUCAUUAUCAUCAACGCUUCAUCGGUCAUCCGAACACAAAAA